UACAAGAAAGUCACAGUCUUCACACGACGUUGCUUCAGUCUGCCCAAUCGAAGGAUUUUCUAGAACCGUCUCGCUUCUCUGUCUUUGAGGGGCCUCGUCGUCGUGAUUUCACCUUAUGUCACGAUUGUUGCGGACUAACACCAAGUGAAUGUUGGACGCCACCGAUAAGAUCAAGAUGUAGCGACCACGCAGCGGCACCAGCAGCACGCUGCAGGUGGUCUUAUUAAACUGGCCUAGAGCUGCUGGUGCCGGAGCCGGUAGUACCACCACCAGAGCGGAACCGUAGAAAAAACUGGUUCAAGGAGGACCUUCUCGCCACCGUACAGCGGAGGUGGCAGCAUGAAGAAAAGCAUGGAGAUGUUGUUCCCGCUUACGAAGCAGCGAGAGGAGCGGCAGGGGUCAUCGUCGUGCAGAAGAUUUUUUCGCAACAGCAACACACUUGCCAUUGCUGCGUUCUCGUUCUGCAGUCUCUACUUUCAUCCGGUCACGACACGCGCCGAUCUCCCUGUCCACUGUCUGCGCAACGAUGUCGCGGGCAAGUGGGUUUUCCAGCUCCACAAAACGGGGAAGCAGCGAACCACCUGCGGGCACAAGCGACCGGAUUUGGCCACUGAGGAACCUUCGCUGCUGCGGUUUGACGCCAUACCAGGGAGUGAAAAGCUGGAAAUGCGGAUCGAGUUGCGGGGGGAAGAACAAGAAGAUCAUACCAAAGCCAAAAGCGCGAUGGCAGAUGAAGCACAAGCAGCGCAAGCGCACGCAGUCGCAGUGGCACGGAAGCUGCAGCAGGAAGAUAAAGAGAACAAACAUCAUGUGCAUCAAAUAAAUUCCGAACCACUAACGGCACCAGACAACACGGAACCUUUCCGCAGAACCGACCCAGUACAAGCCACCAUCCCACAGCUGCAGAACGAGCACAAACUGACAGCCAGACGGGAAGCGACUGCUUCUGCCCAAACGACGUCGGGCGCCCCGCGAUUGGUGGAAACAGGUUCGUGGACCAUGGUAUACGAUGAAGGAUUCGAGAUCAAAUUUCCGACAAGAAGAGCUGCUGCUCCUUCUGGCACCGUUGCUGUUUCUGCUUCAAAUGGAGCUGCAAACAUCAAUGCGAAUGCUCCACAACUACAACACGAAAACCAAGUGCAAAAUCUGAAAUUCGAAUCCAUGUUCAUGUUUUCUCGGUUCCGACCAAAGAGCAGUGGGGAAAGUACAACAAAAAUACCUGCAUCCCCUCCUCCACCUUCCGACAAAAAGAGCUACGAGUCCCUUUGCUCCGAGACCCUGGUCGGGUGGUGGAAAAACGAGGAAACAGGCGAAUUUGGCUGUGUUCGGGGGAAGAAAGAAGACGUGGAAGUACAGAAGCCACAACAGCUGCAGCAGCUCCCGAACAACGGACAGAAGGAAGAACGCGAUGAACCACGCGUGUCCUUCUUGCAGAGAGUAGAGCAACCAGCAUCGCUCUCGAAGGAAGAGGAACUAGUACAUCUAAAUGGUCAUCCGAACGCCAUUGUCGAGAUGAACAGUGCAGCGGCGUUUGUGGACCACCUCCAGGGUGGAGUACCAGACGGUAGUAAUGUUCCUGACGCAAAAGAAUCAAGCCACGAAAGAACAUCCACUAACACUAUCACCCCCGACUGGCUCAGAAGCAAAGCAGCGACAAUCAACGGAAAGAACCUCGGGUACCGCGCAAAGCCCUACGCAAGCCGGUACGCGGGACUGAGCUACCUGCAGUUCCGAAAGAAGGGCGGCAUGGUGCGGAAGAAGAUCCUGGUAGAAGAGAAAGAGAACAUCAAACCCGGCGACAGAAGUCGUGACGAAGGGGGAGGUCGUGGUGGUUUUCCCGCUACUACUCGUCGUGCAGCGACUCUAAAUACUCCUUCCAGAUCCAGCACCAGUACAACCGUUGCGCUGUUUCAGGAAGAGAGCAAAAUCAGUCGAGAGGCGCUGCGGAGACACCAGUCUGCUUGUGACAAAGCUGCAUCUAGUACUUCUGCUGAUGCCGGUGGUGGAACAACAACCAAAGGCCCUAGUUCCACAUCAGAAUCAGUGUAUCCAGUUCCAGCCGCGGUCCGGAAAAACUUCUUUAAAAACUCCAUGGUAAGCGGGACCACGAACAGCAACACAGCAACGCCGGAAAGCGUCCCGAUAGCGUCACACUUGUUGCUGACGAAGGAAGCGAGCGAGCUGUCCGAGUUGUCUCCGUGCGUUUUGCAGAAACUGCUGGAGGAGCAAGUUUACCAAUCCGACGAGAUGCUAGAAAUCGAAAAGGAGUUCCCGAAGGAGUUUGAUUGGCGCGAGUACAGGUUGCACAGCAACAAUGGUGGUGAUGUAGAAGUACCCGCUCAACAAACGAUCAACUUCCUCGAGGCCCCCAUGGACCAAAAAGCCUGCGGGAGCUGCUACAUGGUGUCGACCAUCCGCAUGCUGUCGGCGAGAAACCGAAUCAGAAAGUUUUUCGAAGCAAUGGGUGAAAUUAAAGGUCGACAUAAAGUAGAAGUACAACAGCAUCAAGCUACUAAGCAGGACAACAAGAUGAAAAGUAGUGCUGCGAGUGCAGGUCAGGUACUCAGCAUCAGCCUGAUGGACGACCACAGAAAUUCCAACUACGGUGCUGCAGCAUCCACUUCACCAGCCGCAUCGAGCACGACCGUGGAGCCCUUCUCGAUUUCCUUCCCGCUGUAUUGUUCCGAGUACAACCAAGGCUGCGACGGGGGUUACCCUUUUCUGGCGAGCAAAUGGUCCGAAGACAUCGGCUUAAUCCCGGCGAAGUGCUUUCCCUACGAGGUAAACGAGAACAGCAGUGGGGAGAAAGUAGGGAAAAUGUGCGGAAAAGUGGACAAAAAGUGCGUGUUGGAGGAAAUGGGGAAGGCGAGCGCAAGAAGUGGAACAAGUUCGACUUCUAGUACUAGUAGUACACCCUCGACCUCGAAAGUGGCUGCUGCAGGCAGGCGGGAAACGACCAAAACGCCAGUAAGAAUGAACAUGCAAGUAGCACGUGGUCGGAUGAACCAUCAAUCCCAACAAAAGUCCUCCGACGUGCCGGAUCAUGAACUUGACCUAAAACAUCUCAAACUCCCGAAGGCCUCCAACUACCGCUAUGUGGGGGGUUAUUACGGAAACGCCUCGGUCAGAGCGAUCAUGCGGGAGUUGAUGGAACACGGGCCCCUGGUGGUUUCGUUUGAACCAACCGAGGAUUUCAUGCUCUACGCCGGCGGGAUUUUUUUCAACCCGACAAGCAGUAGAGCUUCUACUUCUACAACUGCUCCAUCCUCUACUUCCGCUUCUUCUGAAAGCAGGACCUCGAACGACAUCCAGAAAGACCCGCUGCACUGGCAAAAAGUCGACCACGCGGUGCUGCUAGUUGGGUGGGGCGAUAUGGAUUGCAAAAGUGUCUGGGUCUGGAAAUGUGGAGCUUGUGAUGCGUGUCUUGCAUUCCUGGAGAAUCUGUGUUGCAUGAGCAGCAAAAGAGAAGCUUGCUUCGUCAUUGCAAAAACGCAUUUUGUGAUGCAUGCUAGGCAUCAGCAGGCGUCUCGAAAGCUUGUCGUGCUUGGCUGCCAUUACAAGAGCUUCCUUCAUGCUCAAAAAUUCAGCAUCACAGGUCUCCAGAUCCAGACACUUUUACAAUCCAUAGACGAGGAACUCGGGCAAAAGUACUGGACCAUUCAGAACUCCUGGGGCCCGGAGUGGGGCGAAAGCGGGUACUUCCGGAUCGCGCGUGGGGUGAACGACUCGGGGAUUGAGUCGAUUGCCGUGGCCGCGGAUGUGGUGGAGGCAGAAGUCGCCUCGAACGUUUUUGAUGGCACGUCCAGGCCGCCCGCUGCAUCCGAGACGAGUAGUGGUUCUGUUACUGGGGACGCGAUCGCGAACAAAGAAGCCUCGACGAGAGACGAAUUCAAUGCUGUUUUCUUUUCCAAUGUAGAAGCAUAGUUCUUUAGCUAGACUGCUUGCUUCGCUUAUGGUUUUUACGCCACACACAGCGGGCGACCCUGACGUUUCCGUUUCUGCUUUUUUCUAAAUGUGAAAAAGAAAAGACCGACUUUUUCAAAGUCAAACAACCCAAGUCUAUUUCGAAGUAACAGCUGCCUACGGAGUAGUUCUACUUCUCUGUGGUGUUCGCGAAGUAAAGGAUCUCUCUGAAGAAGAUGAUGAGGGUUCGCCUGUAUUAAAAAGAAA